GUCGAAAUAUCCUCCACCAUCACCCAUCGCCCAUCGCCCAUCACCCAUCGCGCAGGUCCAAAGGCGUCUGCUUCUUGCGCCCUUUUCCUCAACAAUCCCUCGCGACCGCCAAAGUCGACGCCUUGGUUCCCAAUCAGCAAGCACCACGCACUUUGACAUCCCCCCCAUCCCCCACCCGUGCAAUCCAUCACAAUGUCCUGGAAUGGAUUCAAGAAAUCUCUUAGCCGCGCAGGGACGACGGUGAUGCAAAAGACGGGUCAGGUGGAUCGUACGGUGGAUUCGGAGUUUGCGGAUGAGGAAGCGAGGUACAGAGCUUUGGAGAAGGAGGUGCUGGCUUUGCAAAAGGAAGCAAAAGGUUAUUUGGAUGCUAUCAGGUUGCUAGCAGCUUCGCAAUCACGCGUAGCCGAAACAGUGGAUGAGUUUUUCAUCGAUCAUAGCGACGCAGCAAUGGCAGCCAACGCCUACAAGAGGUCUACGGACGAGCUGGACGCAAAGACUGCGAGGGAGCUAGAUGCGCCUUACAGAGCUACGGUGCUGGAACCGGUAGGAAAGCUGGCUAGCUUUUUCCCAGAAAUCAACAGGACGAUUGAAAAGAGGAACAAAAAGCUCUUGGACUACGACUCUGCUCGUACCAGGCACCGCAAGCUGCUAGAGAAGCCUUCCGACGAUCCUACCAGGCUGCCGAGAGCGGAAAAGGAGCUGGAAGAGGCAAAGAUUCUGUUCGAAUCGCUCAAUGACCAAUUGAUGACGGAGCUUCCUCAGCUCCUGGAGCUGCGCAUCCCUUAUCUGGACCCUUCUUUCGAGGCGAUGGUGAGGAUGCAAGCCAAAUUUGCAGAAGAGGGUUACGAGAAGCUGGGAGGUGUUCAGCGCUACUUUGCUGAAGGUGUGCGGGAAGAGUAUGCAGAGGGACAAUUGGAUGCCCAGGUCGAGGGAGUGUUGCAGGAGAUGCGAGAGCUGUCGAUCUGCGGCUUGACGGCUGCUUGAGCUCGACCGAGCAUUCGACGCUUGGGCACCCAACGCG